AUGGUCGAGCGGUGCGCUCGGGAGGAAUUGGCUCGCUGUACGGCGGAGUAUCUGGGGCAGCUCCGCCCGUUCCAGUCGGAGACGAUGGGGAGUGUGGAUGGGUCACCGCUUCACUGUGGGUUUCUUUUUCCGGGGAAGGGGAAUGAGGAUUGUCAGGUUCCCCAUGGGCCGCUGAAGACGGCUGAGCUGGAGGUAAUUGGAGAAGUCUUUGGAUAUGAAUGGCUUGGAUGUUCCGCAGGCUGUGAGAGUGCGGCUCCGGGAUCGUAUGCCUAA